CUUAUUUUACUUACGCAUGCUGUUUUCGCGGAGAAGAAAAACAUGGACGCGUUAAGGCAGCUCAAUUGUUCUGAGUACUUGAAGAUAUCGGAUUUUGCGCUUUUCCAUUGUCUUCUUGUCAUGCCUGCUGCCGCGAUGACGUAUCGAUUGAAGACACGUUGCCUUCGUCACAAAUACAAUUUUAUUCUGCUGUUUAAUGAACUUAAAAAAUGGAGCGAAUGUUUCCUUCUGUGCAUUUGUAAGAUCACUCAAUCGAUCCCGGCGAGAAUUGUUUUUUUUUUUUUUCGCUCAUUCCCGGCGAUAGCCGCUACGUACACCAUUGCCAAUUGAAACGGCCAUUGGAAUGAGUACAUAACAGCUCACGUUGUAAAAAAAAAAAAAAAAUGGCGAUGCCGGCUUUUUUUCUUGCUGACGGCGACCGCGUUGUUCUCCAUGGUUGUGCACGCGCGAUGAAGAAUCGAGUCAGCGACUUUUUUUUUAUUUUUAAUGUUGCUUUCUAUAUGCAACGCGUUUGUUGCGCACUGCACGAGUUCAGACGACGAAACAAAGCGGCGCUAACCCACAGCAGGUGGGUUCGCAGUGAAAUCACACUCGACUCGACGUGAGCGGUUCGAGUCUGUUUGAAUCAGACUUACCCGAAAGCGUUAAGAUGCAUUUUUUUUUUUGCCGUCAUGUUCGAAUGAUUCCAACCCCUCCUCACGAACGUAACUUUUGAAUUUUUCUUCUCUGUUUUUGCCUAUCAAACAUGUGGCACCAUGUGGGGAUUGGCCAAGAAAUGGGUGGAUUAUUCCAAGUUCGAAUGAAAAAUAAAUUUUCAGGAAUGCUACAAGGCAAUAAACGCAGUCGAAAGGUUGAAUUACAAGUUACAAUGUAAGCAAUAAUGUAUUCAGUGCAAAUUCAAAAAAAAGAAUAAUUACGUAAAAAGCAUGCAACGUGGCAAUCCCUAACCGGCACUCACGCGCACGUCGAGUGCUACAUUGUCUUGCCACUCCAUCACACGUGACAGAUUAUUCGCACCACACACGUGCGUAGCUUCGGACGGCGCCCGUACCGCAAAAAAAUGUCAAAGAAGCAGCAUUGCCGAGCGUGGCUGACAAUAAUCCACCCACUUCCUGGUCAAUCCCCCGUAGCGGGCAGUAGCCCCGUGCUCGAUAGGCCACAACAGCAACAACAAGCUUCUUCGUCUUCUGCACCGAGCACCCGGUUACAGAGUAGCGGCCCAGAGAGGGCGUUCACCCAGCAUUCAUGUCUGGAACGCCGCAACACGUGAGCCACGGGCGUGUUUCUCCGAAUCCGUGCCUCGGCCAGCGACGCAGACGACUUCCCAGCCGGCAACAGCGACGAUCGCCGUCGCCGCGCCAACGGAGCAUGCUACGCCGAGGCUGAAAUCCGACAGGAGUUGCGCGCGACCAUCCCGUCCCGGGAUUGGGACGCUAAGCCUACGGGCGCCCAACGGUGACCGCAGUUGCGACCGCUCGCGUUCGUGUCGUCCCCUGGGGCGCCGCACCACGCGCGCGCUGCGUCGCGUUCAUGCUGCCGGACGAUGCGCAACGGUGAGACGACGAGAACCCAGCUCCACGAUGCUCUACAUCGAGCUCGACCCUGCCGGCAGCGUUAGGUGGUGGCUCCCGACGAGUUGUCCGGAGGCCUGUCACCCAUUGGACGUCGCGCGCGGACUUAUCUCGGCGCACCCGAUACCGCUGUCCAUAAAACGGAGGCUGCACCCGGUCGCGGGUCAGCGCUAUGCCGGCACCACCACCGCAGCCGCCGCUCCCGACCGACCUGUCGUCUGCUGCGGUUCGCCGCCCAUCGCCAGCUCCGCAGCCGCUCGACAAGACGGCGUCGCGGCGCUGCUCGCCUCUCCGACGCUCGGCGGAAGUGACGCAGUUCGACUCCGUUCUCCACGCGUAGCGGAUCCGGAACACUCACCGGCGCAUCCGACGACGUCACAGAGCCGUGGUGACGCCACCAGCGCUCGCCGCCGCCGAGCUUCUGCUGCUGCUGCCCGCGGCGGCGUCUCAAAGAUGGCUCUCCUGUUUUACACGCUCUACGGGUUUGCCAUCAUCUUCUUCGCCGGCUGGUGGUUCGUCUGGCUGCUUCAUCUACUGGCCAUCUUCAACGGAAAAAUGAAGCUUCACAAAAAGAAAGCCCUUCCGCCCCUGGAGGUGCCACUGCCCGGCGUGUCCAUCAUCAAACCAUUGACGGGGGUGGACCCAAACCUCUUCAGCAACCUCGAAUCAUUCUUUACUAUGAAUUAUCCACAGUUUGAGCUUUUGUUCUGCAUCCAAGAUGAAGGGGACCCUUCCAUAAUGCUGGUGCGGAGACUCAUGGAGAAACACCCACUGGUCGACGCCAGGGUCUUUGUAGGGGGCUGCCCUGUUGGGGUAAAUCCCAAGAUCAACAAUAUGCAACCAGGCUACGAAGCUGCCAAGUAUGAGCUCAUCUUGAUCUCCGACAGUGGAAUUCGGAUGAAGGAGGACACGCUCCUGGACAUGGUGCUGACCAUGGCGGACGACGUGGCCCUGGUCCACCAGAUGCCUUUUGCCUGUGAUAGAAAGGGUUUCCCGGCCAUUUUAGAGAAGGUAUACUUUGGAACGGCGCACGCACGCAUCUACCUGGCCGCCGACUUUCUGCGCAUCAACUGUGCAACGGGAAUGUCGGCGUUGAUGCGGAAGAAGCUGCUCGACGAGGUGGGCGGCAUCAGGGCGUUUGGCCACUACUUGGCAGAGGACUUCUUCUUUGCCAAGUCUUUUGAAGACAGGGGCUGGAAGAUCAAGAUCAGCUCCCAGCCAGCGUGGCAGAACUCUGGCCUCUGUGAGGUCGGGCUUUUCCAAACCCGGGUGGCGAGGUGGGCCAAGCUACGGUUCGCCAUGCUGCCACACACCAUGCUGCUGGAGCCCCUGUCGGAGUGCAUGCUGCUGGGGGCGAUGGUGGCGUGGGCCACCAGCUUCCUCUUCCAGUGGGACGCCUUCGCCGUGUACCUGCUGCACCUCCUGCUCUGGUUCCUGCUCGACUGGAUGUUGCUCAGCGUCGUGCAGAAUGGCCUUCUUCCAUUCAACAAGUGGGAGUUUGUGGUCGCAUGGACAUUCCGAGAGUGCGGCGCCCUCUACCUGUUCCUGCACGCCUUGUGGAACCCGACGAUUCGGUGGCGCGCGGGACUGUAUCGGUUACGAUGGGGCGGUGCCGUGGAGGUGGUCAAGCCAGACUCUUAGUGACCCGCCUGCUCCCCGACCUCUAGGGAAAAAAAAUAUAUAUAUGUGCCGCGACGUAGUGCGCAGCUGACUGCCGCUAUUGAUACAAGAUUGCGAACAAAGCAAGGAAAGGAAGGAAAAAAACAAGUGCCGGCCACGGAAGCUGCGGAAAGUGCCCUUUCUUUACCCGCUGCCGGUCAGCCCAGACCCGCAAGCCUUCUUCCAACAACGGCAGAUCUUUCAUUCCUCCGUGGUUCCUCAUCUGCCGGGUGUGCGCCUUGGCUUCCGGGCGGCUCAGUUGCUCCCCAACGAGUGGAUGCAACGCAGCGCCCAUCGUGUGCUGACUCAGUGUCGUGCUGCAAUGGAAAGACGGCAGCAAGCAGCAGCCCCUAGUCGGCGGUGCCAGACGUUUUAUUGUUUUUCUUUCUUUCUUUGUUUUACUUGAAGUGCCGGGAGCUCGUGCUGGUUGCGCGUUUCAACGGCUAGACUGGAUUACAAGUGCGUUGGGAGCGAGUGUGCAUGUGUGUGUGUGCCAGACCUACGUGUGUUUUGUACAUAGAAUGAAAGGAACUUGUAGCUCUUUACUCUUUCCUUGUGCCCUCUCUGUCAUCUGUAAGAUGUUUUUUUUUCCUCUUCUUUUUUCCCCUGUGUUACAUUUGGUUGGCAUCGUUUCCUUCACACUUUUGUUUGGACUCAUCACGUGUCUCUGGGACCGAAGAAUGUGGCGUACAUGCACCGUGGGACACACAAACCGUUGGUGCCAGAACAUUGUCACCACUCCGAGAUUUGUUCACGGACAUCGCGUUCCUUUUCUCUCCUUUCUAUAUUUUUUUUUUCUUCUGCCAUGCCUUGUUACUUCCCCAGUGACUUUUUAACCAAGCCUGAGGUCGAGCCUAGCAUAUGCGUUGUUUCUGUUUCCAUUGUUUGUUGUUCCUUGUGGGUUUGUUGGUUGCUUGUUGUUUUGAGUAAAGAAAAAGACCUGACCAUGCCUUUUUCUUUCUCGAAGCACAGUACAACAGCCAUAGAAAAAAAAACUUUGCCGCCUGCAAACUCGCAAAGGCUAAUAGACUACGAUGGCUUUUAUUGUAUGAAAGAUGAUGGAAAUGAAGUCUUAGAUGCAAAGAACAAUGGUGUGUUGCAGUGGUCCUGGUAUUGCCAGGAAAAAGAAAUGUGCUUUUGAGUGAUGUUCUUGUGACGUCAUGCAUUGCUGUAUAUACAAAGUAUAAAAGUGACCAAGGAGCUUGUUGGUGUGUGCCAUUGAGUGGCACUCUUUGUUUUGCGAUGGAACAAUGUCUUAAGAGCAAGUUGGAUAGUGUCUUGGAAGUUUUUUUUACUUUGGCAUUGCCUAUAUGGUCUUUGCAGACGUUAUUUAUUCUAAGUGGCGACCCUUCAAGCCCAACACAAAGGAAGCAGUGGGUUUCCAAUGGAACAAAGAAAUAUGCCAUGAAGGUUGUCUUUCGCCCCCUGCCAUUCUGGCAGAAUGUAGUGCCUGAAAUUUUUGCAUUGAUUUCUCAUUAUUAGGCUCAAUUUGGCUGUUUUCCGUGCGAAGCUCCGACUGACAUGCUGACUUCAUUUGAAACACAAAUGGAGAAAAAUAAGAGAUUGUCUGGUCAGGCAGGUAGUGUCUACAGGUACACGUCAAAGUGAACACAGCUCUAGUCAGAAAUUACAAGCGACGGUUUUGAAUUGAUGAAUGGAUGCUUCAAAACUGGCAUUGCUGCAUCAAAUGUGACAAGUGGGUCGGGCAAAAAAAGAAUCGCGAGGAAUUUAGGCAGCUAAUGAGCGGUCUUGCAAUGUCUUCUCUUCUCUCUGCCAUCUCUUGCAGUGGCAACUGUGACGACACAUUCCUUGGGACCGGAGUUGUUGCGCAGUUUAGUUUUUGUCUCGCUAAUGUAUCUCCCCAUGGGUCUUCCACUACAUGCUUCAAUUUCUGUUCAGUAACAGCACUCGAUCAUCUUGCAAUGCAGCAGCCCUGUUCCAUCUAACCUUCUGGCAAACUGCAACAUGCACUUUAAGUUGGGUGCAGGAGCUGUAAAAGCUGACAAUUUUCUAAAACGUUAGGUUAGGUUAACGCACGCGUCGCGCACAUGAUGUGCCUGCUGCGCGUGCUACGCUGUGAAAUGGUUACUAGCGCUAACAAGACUAACGAAAAAAAGUUGGGACAGGACUGGGUGCCACAUAACUAGUGCUCUGUCCUGUACCAACUUUCUUCAGUUAGUCUUGUUAGCACUAGUAACUGUCACAGCUAAUGCGUCGACAUCAACUGGCCCAACUUUCUGCGUUAAUUGCACACGCUACGCUUUGCAGCAGCCGUAAAUGUAUACAGAUUGCAGCAUCUUCCUGUUAUCUAUCGAGAACAUAACGUGUUGGCUUCCUUUUUCAAAACGAGGCAGGAAAGACAGUUUAACAAAACUAGGCCGACAAGGCGACAACAGCCAGCCUGCUAUUGUUUUUGCUUGCGAGACCCUGAUCCAAGCUCUUGCCAUGACCGAGCACACUUCCGCAGAUGAGCAGGUCUACAGACCGAAGCAGACUGCGCAACUUGUCUGGACCCUCUUUUUCAUUGUCUGUAUUUUGUCUCCCGAAACCACAAAGUGUUUCUUCCGGAAACUUUACAUCAAGUAUCGAGUCUCUUUUUAAUAAGCGAUCUUUCUACCGAGCUUUGUAUACGUGGGCUUUUACAGCAAAAAAAAAAAAAGAAGUAAUAAUAAAUGUUGUUUUACUACAUCUUAAGCAGGCUCUACCUGCUAUCUUUAAAAGUGCGGCAAAAAAGAAACGCAUUAACAAGUGACGCGUUACCUUUACCCACUGACUGUAAUGGAAGAGUUACAUGAAGCCUCUUGCGGGUGCCGUUUCAGAAAGCAUGGCACAUUUCAGCAAAUGUACAGUCUACAUAGAAUGAAAAGCAUGCAAUGGCGGUCCCAGUUUACCUAUGCAAAAUGAAUUUGCAAGCAAACCUGCAGUCGUCUCGCAGUAAUUCAGACUCUGGCCAUUCAAAAUUCAGAUGAACUUAAUCCAAAUAGUUUGGUUGGCCUGCUUGCUUUUAGUGGGAUCUGGAUUCACCUAAUUAAAACGAGGUUAUUAAAAUUUCUUAGCUUCCUAGGGCAUGGCAGCGUCAUCAAAAUGGCUGAUGAGAGAGAAAUCUACGAGCAAUAACUUCGGAAUUUAUUUGCAAGAGCAGACAUACAUCCCCGAGAAGACAUUAAUAAAUAAUGAGUUCACAUUGGACAUUCAAGCUUCAUGCCACUUGGGCUGAAUGCCUGCAACCCUGUUAUGUUUGUGGUCUAGGGUGUGUGCUGCAGUGGCCGUCGUGUAAAGCCCAGGCCUGUCGCUCACUGCAGGAAGUUGCGUUGUUUGGGCGAUAAAAAAAAAAAAGAGUUCCUAUAUUAGCCUGUAUACCUUUUACGACUUGUUCAUUUUUGGUCAAUUCAAAUAAUAAUUUGCAGGAGUUUUGAGUUUUUGCAAGUCGGCUGCAGCUGCAAGCGAAAUUAUUGUGCCGCUGUGCAAGUUUAUGCGUGUGCCCUCGCGUCAGAAAAACGGUCGGAUUUGUCAGGGCACUACGUGUUACUGCAGAAGGCUUAAGAUUUAGGCUGUCCGGCGAAACGUUGACUCUGACUGUGUGGCCUCAGCAGCUUGUUACUCGAGGCAAAAACGAAGGAAGGGAAACGGCCUACCUUCUUUGCUAAUGGGGAAAGAUGGCAGGAUGUUCGAUGUCUUGUUUGAUACACGAGCGCCGCCUUUCCGAAGCCCACAAGCCUGCGUGUCAACAUAUCGCGCGACCGUUCUCGCGUGCACACGUGCUCAAACUUUGUGCAAGAGCAACAUUGUAAUCAAAGCCGACUCCCUAGUGCCGGGAGAAGCCACAAUCCCGGGGACUCUGCAUAAUUUGAGGCACAGACAUGGCCUGUGGUAACCGCAAAGAACAAAAAGUAAAUCAAUAAAGAAAUCUAUGGCAUGCGCUGUUUGCUACAGGCAAACCUCGGUUUGUCUCAUUGCCGUGCAAGGACUACAUUCAACCCUGCUUUCCGCACUGUGUAAAACAGUCAGUUCAAGAGUGUCCGUGGUGUGUUCUUUUAAUCCUGCAUUACAACUGAGGUGUAUCAGUUUGAUUCUCAUUUAAGAGUAUCUCUAUGCUCUCGUAAAGCAAGCAGCCAUGGGAAGCUUGCCUAUAACAUUUUCUCGUCAUCGUAGACCAGUAGGCUCACAUGCACCAAGCAGGCCGUUUCCAGUAGGCUCAACCCCAGGUUCUACAAACUUUUAGGAGCACCCUCCGUCACUGCCUAGUUACCAGUACUGUCUGCCCAGACACUCUUGUUUAGCGGUCGUUUCCGUAACGAUUGUAACUGCCACAUUGCUAGCCAACUGGAUACUGGCCUGUCUCGUGCAUGUGAUGUUGUCACCUUUUCAGUAUGACCUCUCCACUGUGUGUUUAAGGUUUCAGGAGGUUGCACAAUCCUGAUCAAUUAGAGUUUACCACAAGCGUUCAGUUUUCUUGUUUUUUUUAAUACCCUCUCAAGCAAAAGAAGAUAUUCAAUGGUACUCCAGCAUAUGCUUUCGCUGAAGUGUGAAGCCUUUCAUAGACAGACUGCUUAAACACUGAAUAAUCUGCAAGAAACUUCAAAUGCUAUUGGCUCACUCAUGUCGUACAUUUUAUAUUUGGGGGGGGGGUGGGGAAGCCUGCGAAAUGUUUCUGUUAAUGGGGUGUAUGCAAUAGCUGUCUAAUGGAAUGCUGUGACCUUGGACAAUGCAAAUUGCACCCAUGAACACAUCUGCUGCUCCUGCUGUCAACUGCUGUUCUUUCUGGGCCAUCUAUAAAUCUCUGGUUUAUAUUGGACUCUCAACAAAAUGGCAGCUUCACAUUUCUGUAGGCCUGAGACAAGCUUUCAGUAAGGUAGCCAAUGACUACGUUGCAUGGAUGCAAAUGCACUGGAGCACUACCCAUUGUAUAUAGUGGGUAGUACCCAGAGCACUACCCACUAUCUACAAUGGGUUGUGCUCUGGGUAGGGUUCAGCACUGUCUACACUCUACGGUAUGUAGUGGUGAGCCCUAUUCGACAAAUAGUGUGAUACAUAAGCUUGCGCUCUCUUCUGCUUCCGAUUGACAGAUGAGAAAAGCUGCAUCUCAGUUUAGAGAACACAUUGUUACAGGUGGUCAAUGUUCGUGCGCCUCCUAUUAACAAGAGAUUGUGUGCCAUGUCAGUAGUUUGACCUUCCACACUCGACUUGGCCAUCAUAUCAGCAUCUACAGUUAUGCCCUAUAUUCUACGGGCGACAGCUGACUGGCAUUGCAGCUUUUGUGCACAGUCUUCUUUGGUGCUUUCCAGCUUUCUUUACAACGAAGCAUUGCAUCACUUUGCAUUGCCCAAGGUUUUGCACGCUGCAGCCCUGUUCGUCCUUUAGUAAUGAGCAAUUUUGUUGGGGCCAUUGGUUUGUGCUUUUGAUGUGAUGGCAGUAGGGAGAAUGUUGUCGUUGAACUGAAUUGUGCUUUGCUUUCCUUUUUCUUUCUCUCUCUCUCUCUCUCUCUCUCUCUUGCGUAGCUCUGGUAGUGUAAAGAUGGAGCAGAGGAGACUGCCAGCAGCCACUAAUGAAUUAAUUGUGCCCAUUUCAUAAUUAACAAACGGCAGUUUGGCAUCUGACCUCUGCUCUAGCUCUAGCAGAGCUGACACUCUUCACAUUCUUUGAGGAUUCGUUUGCUCGUAAGCUGUGUGUUCAUGUCUCGGGAUCUCUCCUGCUAAGACGAUACUGCGUUGCUUUUUACCUGGUGUCGCGUAAGGACUGUGCUUUUUCAAGUGGCAACUGUGCCCAAUGUUGCCGCCUCGACAAGUGGCGGCAUUACUGUGAAAGACAAUGAAAGUGGGGCAGGGAGGGGGUAUCAAGUUUUCUAAUUGACCAGUACUACCAUUGCAUUGUUCUUGAUUUCGAGCAUUUUUUACAAGACUCAGCCCAAAGUGCUUUUUGUUAUUGCAGCAAGCAAACAAAGGUGACAAAUAAACAAAGUAUAAAAAAUAA